GAUCAUGCAACUGCCUCAUCUACGUGGAUUGCACAGAUUUAACCCCUUAAUCUCAUUUCGCACUGGAUAGCGGUAUACAUAUAUGAUACUGCGAAUGUUAUUGACAUACGUCUACAAAGUUUGCCUCUCAUCCACACCCAUUCUCUACCAAUAUGAUUGUAGUCUCAAAUGAUCCCAGUUGGUGGCCGGCCAUCAAUACAUAUCGUUUGGACAGCUAUUUUGUAGUCGCCGCCUUUGUUGCAGUGAUGUAUGAUUGGGCACUCACAUUUGGACAAGAGGUGGAAUUGAUCUGGCGACAACGAUGGUCCGUCAUGACAGCUAUGUAUCUCGGCGCGCGUUACCUUGGAAUCUUAUCUGCUGUCAUGACCAUUGUGGGCAAUACUCCGACCAUCUCGCUGACAGAUACAGUGAGCUGGAUUAUGUACACUGUAUGUAAUUGGAUUGGUGUUGUGGUAUUUGCGAUGCUGUGGGUCAUCAUCAUCGCUCGGUUGCAUGCCAUGUAUCAAGGAUCCAGAAAUAUCCUGAUAUUUCUCGUUGUCACCUUCCUGGCUAUCAACGCUUUCGAUGCAGUGGUCAAUAUAAUGUCAACGAUGCAUGCUUCAGGGGAGGAACUCAUUCUCUCUGGCACUUAUCAGUGUCAGAUUAACUAUGCACGGGAAGAUAUCCUACUUCUUAUAUCUGUGGCUUGGAUUCUCAGCACUGUAUGGGAGGUCCUCGUGCUAUGUCUCGCAGUCUGGAUUGUGGUAAGACACUUCCGUGAACUGCGACAACAUUCGGCAGGAGGGAUUAUCGGGGACUGUUUCACAGUGUUGAUGAAAACUCACGCAGUUUACUUUAUGAGCUUUGUUGCUGUUUCUUGUCUCCAUCUCAUUGUUAAUUUUUAUCCAACAUUCUUUGCGAGCUAUUCCCUGACCCCUCAGAUUAUUUCUGGGGUGAUUCAGAUCUUGGAUAUUGUGCAGACGUUUGUGCUGGGACCGCGCCUGAUCCUUGGUGUUCGGGAAUACCACGCCAAGCUCGUUGCCGAUUCCAAUGCAGCAACUGGUAUGACCUCAAUUGCUUUCCAGGAGCGCGUGCAAAUAUCGACUGGUAGUGGUGUGUGAUACUCGGUGGAGUUAACGGUUGUCUGGUGCCCUCCAAAGAGCAGGGAAAUUUGCUUUUAUUUAUUACCACUUUCUUGAAGGUAUUGAUCAAAGUUAUUGGGUAUUCCGAAGUAAGUUUCAAGGAGACAUACAAAGUUUUCGUUGUAGUAUUUAGUCGAGUGAUUUGUUAUACGUGUUGAGAAUGUUUAAAUAGAUAAAUAUCUCUACUGGCACUAGCUGCCCGCUUGCACCAACCACUGGUCCUUUUUUCUCUCUAUGCAACGACAAUCAUUCAUAUGAUUGCUUAGGCAGCGCGCGAGAGAAAAGUCGAAGGACAGCGCACUGCUUCAAUUCCUUAGCAAUCCAUACUCGAUUCGUCUUCGUGCCUCAUGCGAUGUCCUAUGAACUGCUACCUUGUUUUCAGCUGACUCACGACAAGUGGCCUACAGAUGAUCCAUUCAAGGUGAUCACAAGGUGCGCGAAGCACGUUCAUGCAUGCGUAGCUUAAU